CCAAGCUGCAAAAAGCAGAUUUAGUUUCUUUUGCAGAUGGUCUAUGAGUCUCAUGUGGCAUCAUAUUAAAUUAUAUAGGCAGUCAGUCGCUUGUUCUGAAGCGAUGCUCUGAGCCGAGAGUUGUGAUGUGCUUGGACCAUUCUGUUGGAAAACAGGCUCUAAAGCUAAAACAGCUCCUCUGAAGAGCAGCAGCAGAGGGGCCUGCCAGGAGCUUCCAACACCUCAAGGACUGCAGUUCCCCCUGGGAUGCACUAUGAGGGUGGCCCAGCGACCCUAUGAUGGGCUGUGGAGCAUUUUGCCCUAAAGUGUCUGAAUUACAGGAAGAAGGAAUAAAUGCCAUUAACUUACCUCUCAGUCCCAUUCCAUUUGAACUAGACCCCGAGGACACUAUGCUAGAGGAAAAUGAAGUCCGAACAAUGGUUGAUCCAAAUUCAAGAAAUGAUCCAAAAUUACAGGAACUAAUGAAGGUAUUAAUUGACUGGAUUAAUGAUGUGUUGGUAGGAGAGAGGAUUAUUGUGAAAGACUUGGCUGAAGACCUGUAUGAUGGACAAGUAUUGCAGAAAUUAUUUGAGAAGCUUGAAAGUGAGAAGCUGAAUGUUGCAGAAGUUACUCAGUCUGAAAUUGCUCAGAAACAGAAGCUACAGACAGUGCUUGAAAAGAUCAAUGAAACCCUUAAACUCCCUCCAAGAAGCAUUAAGUGGAAUGUUGACUCUGUUCAUGCUAAAAGUCUCGUAGCGAUACUUCAUCUUCUGGUUGCAUUAUCUCAGUAUUUUCGAGCACCGAUCCGACUCCCUGAUCAUGUGUCCAUUCAGGUGGUUGUUGUGCAGAAACGAGAAGGAAUCCUCCAGUCUCGACAAAUCCAAGAGGAAAUAACUGGUAACACUGAGGCGUUAUCAGGCAGGCAUGAAAGAGAUGCAUUCGACACUUUAUUUGACCAUGCUCCAGACAAGCUCAAUGUAGUGAAAAAGACUCUCAUCACCUUUGUGAACAAGCAUCUGAAUAAACUGAAUUUGGAGGUGACUGAACUGGACACGCAGUUUGCAGAUGGAGUGUACUUAGUCCUGCUUAUGGGUCUCCUGGAAGGCUAUUUUGUUCCUCUGCACAGCUUUUUCUUGACUCCCGAUAGUUUUGAACAAAAGGUCGUCAAUGUAUCUUUUGCGUUUGAGCUCAUGCAGGAUGGUGGAUUGGAAAAACCAAAGCCAAGACCAGAAGAUAUUGUAAAUUGUGACUUGAAGUCUACGCUGAGAGUACUGUACAAUUUGUUUUCCAAAUACAGGAACGUGGAGUGAAGAAUUGAUUUGGGUCACAAAGGAGUGUUAACAAAAAAAGCAUCAUAACUAGCAUAUCUUUCCUCAGUAUUCCUCUGCACCUCUAUCCUGAAAGGAGCUAAACCAUUUACCUGAAGAACUUCUAAUUGAUUAUUCUGGCAUUACUAUUUUCAUAGUAGAUUUAAAACUGUACAACUUAUAAAGGAAAAAGGUUUGGAGGAAGGUAUUUGGGUAUAUUCUGGGAGAAUUCAUGUCUCGGUUGUCUUCACUGUUUUUUAUAGGUGAAGCAACAAUAAAAAAACUUUUGUAAGUUAAAUUCAAAUCAGCCUUUGGAGCCAAUCAUAGGAAUAUUCUGUAGUGAGUACUUUAAUAAUUUUUACAUAUAUCUUUUUUUAAUCUGGGAAGGGGAAGAAUAUUUUCUAUGCAUGAUAAGACAGUUCCAUUCUAAUUGUGAGGAAUGUGCAUAGGGAGAAACAGCUAAAUACACCUGUUCACAUGACAGCUAAAAAGAAGAAACUUAGCCUGAUGAAUAUAUAGUUCCAGUGCUAUUAUUAGGCUUUCAUUUUCUGGGUACAAACUGAAGUGGCUACUCAUUCCUUCAAACUUAUUAAAAUGUGAUACUUUGCUUUCAAUAUAUGCAAUUGAGCAUUCCACAGAAGUACACUUUGCAGCUUGUCACUUCUUUUUGUUCAAGGCAGAGAUCUUUUUUGCAAGGAACGCUUUUCAGGAAGAGACACCUGUAUAAUAUAGUUUUUCUAUAAUAUUUCUAUUAUUACAUAGUAUUAGAAAGUAGAAGAAUGGCUUGUUUUUAUUUUGGCAGCUUAAUCACAGAAUUAUCAGAUUGCAAGUUUAGAUUGGUUGCUAAACAGAACUUAGAACUGUCCCUUUGGUUGAUUUUAUGAUGAAUGUAUUUUGCUGCAUAAUCUUCAAGACAAAAAAAUGAGAUUCAUUUUCUAGAAAUGGUCAAAACUACUCCCAUCUGCAAAGAUUCCAUUACAGUGUAAAGUUAUUUGGCGAUUUUACAUGUCUACAAAGAUUUUUUUAUUUGAUUACCACCAAUUCUAAGCUGUUACCUGUUUGGUUUUAGCUUUAGCAAAGACACAAAAGGGAAAUGGGAGUUAAUUCUUCCCUUAGAGUGGUACCAAGCACCAGUUAUGCUUCCAGAAGAAGCUGGUAGAGACUGCCUGGAUCACUUCCGAAACAAAGCGUUCCAUUGCAGCCACAAAUUCUUGGGAUCCUGGGUUACACACUCAUGAAAAAAAUCCUUAGGCAGAGAUUCCUAGAUAACUCUUCAGAAAUCUUUGGAGUGCAGGAGGGAGAGUUGUUAACAGCCGUCCAAUGAUGGCAGAGCUGGCUUAGGUAAAAGGAAAAGCAAUGUCAGUUCUUCAGUCUUUCGUCAGGAGAAAGGCAGUGCUGGCAAGAACAGUCAAUAGCAGCUGGAUGUUACUUAUGAUGUAAAGCAUUACAUAGUUUUCAGUUUUCCAGGGCUUUUUUUUUUUUUAUGUAGAGCUUUCCAGUACAACAUUAGCACAGAGGGAACUCCAGCAAUUACUUUGUCCUUGGUAAAUACCAACUAAUGUUUGUAAUGUAAGGUGAUACUGACUUCUGCUGGGGGGCUACAAAAUUAUUUUUCUGAGAAAUAAUAUGAACUUUUUCAAGGGGAAGUCAGUAUUCAAUCCAAAGGACAGUAUCUGAAUGUUCUCUGAACUCAGAAAUUACCUGAUUGUUAUAAGCACUCUAAAUAUCUUUAUUAAAAUAUUUUCUUACCUCUGUAUUUUUAACUGAGUUUCUGAAAUUAGAGGUACAGAAAACAACAGUUAUUUGCCUUUUACAGGGAGAAAUAACUGGACAUUUUGACCUCAGUGAGAAUGAACAUUUUCAUUAUAUCUUUAAUAUCUGAGAAGCUAAACAAUAGGAAUUAACCAAACAUUUUUGAGCAAACUGAGACGGAACUUCUCAUGUAUAUAGCAGCAGCAAUUUCAGCUUAUUUUAAUGUUUAACAUGCAACUUCUUCAUUUGCACACCUAAUAGUAAUUGUCAUAGCUAAUUAAAAAAUGUAUGAUGUUUUUUCUGCAGACCCUGCUCAGCUUUUUACAUUUCGACAGUGCCGAAAGAUUUUGAUUGCCUUUGUUUUCAUGAAUGCAUUUUCUUUAAAGAGGAGAUUUAUAUGCAUAAAGUGAACAGUGAAACUGUUUUCUUUGCCUAGACUUCAAAAUAAGUAUUUCUUGUGAGAUAUUGGUAUAACAUUAUUGGAGAUUUAUCUGUCAGACUCCAUUUCCACCCUUAAAAAACACAAACUGAGACAGAAUGAUUAAAUCCUCAUGCUGAAGUGCAAUUAUGCAGAACUGUAGAAACAUUUAAACAAUAUCCAACCUUUACAGAAUUAUCUAUCCUAUGGUAAGAAUUUAUGUAAAUUAAAAUCUGCUAUAUAGACAACGGUGUCCUAUGUAAAUAUAGAUCUGUGUGAUAGUUUUAACACUUACACACAAAUAGUACAUGCUGCCAUGUAGGAGUGGGUCACUGCUUAUAUUUUUGACAGUGUAGAUUUAAAUAGCUAUCAGAUAAAUAUGAAAUCUAAUAUAGAGAUUAUAUCUAAUAUUUAUUGCUUUGAUUCAGAAUAUUAUAGAAAUAUAGAAUACUACUGUGGACAGUUUGCUUUUCAGCAGUUGGUGUAGGCCAGCCCUUUCCUUCAGGGAAGGGAAAAGUUAUCUGGGCCAAAUUCUGCCACCUGCAUUGCUUUUAUUCUUGAUACACAGCAGUGCCCCCUGAUGUACUGCUGAAAGCAGAAUUUUCCUCACUCUUAUAUCAAGAUAAAAGUUGUUUAAAUUUUUGUCAAUCCCAGGUUUAUUUAUAAUUACUUUAAAUGAUUAAAUGUACCCGAUUUAGCUCAUGUAAGACACGAGCAGCCACCUGGAGAGGCCAGUUCCUCUAGUGGUCCCAGAGAGAGCCUGUGGUCUCAAGGCUGCUAUCUCAGCACUUUGGCUGGAUCCUAAAGCCAGGUAGGGUAAGUCCAAGCCACUGCCUGAAGAUCUCGUGGUGGUAUUUGGAUCCCAUCCACCAGACCAAUGUGCCUGUCUGUUGUGCUGUGUCACAUAAAGGCCCACAGGUAGCUGAGCCUACCAAAACCUGGCCAGUUCUUGGUCUGCCUUGAGUAGCAAACAAGCAGUAAACAUUGCUGCUGCUGAGGCAUUAUGAAACCACCAAAAGAACCAUUUUCUGUGACUUCUAAUUCAUCCAUUGCAUCCAGCAAUAUGGUAUCUAGGCUUCUUUUGUGGCUGGAGAUGGGCAUCCUUUCCCUGUUAAUGGGUCCUGGUGUGCUCUUUCAACCACACAAAACAUUGUUUGGGUUUUUUUUUAAAGAGGAGCUACAGAUUUUUCAUAGUGUGUCAAUAAGGUGUUGUCAAAAUAGUUACCUAAAAUCCUAAUGUCUUGAGGUCAGCUCCUUUCAGAUUUCUUUCUCAGCUGACUGGCUGUUAUUUUCCAUAAAGAUCAGGCCCUGUAAAAAGGAGUCUUUGCAUAAUUUUACCCAAGACACACUCAUAAAGCCCAGGAUUGGAUUGCUCUGUAUUUCUGAUGGAGUACAGACGAACCAAGUUUCCUGUUAAAUGAGCUGACUGUAGAAUAUCCAGUUCUUUACAUUUCCUAGUCAGUAGUAUCUCCAUCUUGCAGAGGAUAGCAGCCCUUGCAGCUACACAGCUCAGGAAUUCAAGUGGACCCGCAGGAGCUGGAUAAGGUCCUAAUCCACUUCAAUGAACUGUGGACAAAGUUGCCCACUGGCACAUCUCCAUAUGAACCAGUGGCAGGAAAUCAACAGAGCCUCUGUUUUACAGAGGGUUGCAGUGCUUGGGAAUGGUUGCAUUCAAGCAGACCUUGAUGACUGAGGUAAAUGCUACUUGGUUGACUUUUGUUCCUACUUUUUUUUCUGGUUUUAAAUUCAUGUUUCAGAUUAAUUUAGCAGACACCUUACUGCAAGCCACAGUGUUGUAAAGCAGAAUGGCUUCUAGAAGUUUAUUUCAUUUGAGAAAGAGAUAUAUGGUAUUUAAUAUACUAGAUACCAGCCUUAGGUCUAGUUUUUGUUAUUCUUGUCUUCCUCCCAAAACAACUGUCAUCAAUGGCCAAGCAUCCAAAGAGAAAACAGUGCCUUGAAGACCUCUUGCAAGAUUUUUACACUAUUACCUAGUAGACUUCUGUCUUUUUACUGUAAGAAUUAGUGUGGGCUUUCUCUUUACAGUCAAAGUACAAUUACAGACUGAAGAAAUCCUUUGUAAAAAGUUACAAUUAGUUUGCAUUAAGAUAUUUUAUUUUGAUUUGUCACAUGAAAAAUUGAGAUACCAUCACCAAAAUGUUAAAAUUAGGCAUACCUCAGCAUCCACAGAUUUUCCGAAGAGGUUUUGGGUCAUUCAACAUUUACAAGGGCUAGUUUUAUGUAUUUUGAAAAUAUUUUGUGUGACUAUUUCUUUCUGCAAUAAUGAGAUUUUCUUUUCUGUCUAACAGUUUAAUACCAUGCACUCUGCAACAAUGCUAGAGUCCUUGAAACAUUUGGUCCUCAAUUUCAAUAUCACACUAACUGAGAAGAAAGAAUAUUUUCAAAAUUUGCUGAACAUGUAUCCGAAAAUAAUUAUUAGUUGAAAUUAAGCUGCGUUGCCUUCAACUGCAGAGUUAGUAGCUUUCACAGAAUAUAUGUACUCUGUAAGUAAAAGACACACUCUUGCUGAUUUUUUUUCCUGUGCUUUUUCUGAAACCUUUUGUUAUGAUCCACAAUAAAAUUUGCACCUGAAAAUCAA